GUACUGUGGAGGCGUACAGGAGUUAGACUGUGAGGUGAUGUGGCAUCCCUCUUUCUACUCUCCUGUGGAGGGACAAUUUGACCUGUGUGUUCACCAGGGAAACACAGCACACCUACGAUGUGUGACCAAGGUGUGUGUGUGUGGUCGUGUGUGUGUGAUGGUGAUCGGUGUAUGUUGAGAUGUACUGAGAUAUGUACCCCAUUCCCCUCUGUACAGCUUGGGUCAUCCACUGUGAAGCUGUCUGAGAAACAUCUGGUGUUUAGAUCAGUACCUCUCAACUUCCCCUCUGUCAGGACAGCAACGCUAUACAACACAGGACACAACCAUGGCCCCCUUUCCAGGACAACACUAAAACAAGGUCUUUGUUACUGGUUUAUACUUGUAUGUGUGUGUUUUUCCGAUGGUAUAACAUGUGUGUGUGUGUGUAUCAGGUGUUGGACGUGUACCCCCUGCCUGGCAUGGUGGUGACCCCCCCGAGGGCGUGGUUCCUGUGGGGGGGCAGGCAGAGGUCCAGGUGCACCUCAACCCUGGGUGUCAUAAGUGACACAGGGGAGUGAAGGAAAAGACACACAAAACAAAAGCCAAAAAAAAAUAAAGGAAAAAACACACAAAAAAACAAAACAUUAAACCUAAAAAACAAAUACAAAACUCUACAAACACAAAAAAUAAAGCCUUCCAAACACACAACCUUCUUAAGCCUCUACAAAAACACACAUACAUAAGCCUUACAACACACAACAUAAAACGCUCAAACCACAAAAUAUCAUAAACUUACAAAACACAACUUCAUAAGCUCUACAAACACAACAUAUUAAGCCUUAAAAACAAAAUCAUAAAGCUUAAAACAAAACAAUAUAAAGCCUCUCAAACAACAAUUCUAAGCCUUAAACACACAAUAUCAUAAAGCCCUACAACACAAAAUUCAAAGAAACAAAAUACAUAAGCCCCAAACACACACAUUCAUUAAACUACAAAACACAAACAUAUAAGCCUCUACAAAAACACAACAUUCUAAAGCCUCUACAACACACACAAUCAUAAGCCUCUACAACCACAACAUAUCAUAACCUCUCAACACCAACAUAUAUAAGCUCUACAAAACACAACAUUCAUAAAGCCUCUAAAACACACAACAUAUCAUAAGCCUCUCAAACACACAAUCAUAAAGCCUAUAAAACAAACAAAAAAAGCCCCCACAAAAAAAAACAAUCAUAAAGCUCAAAACACACCAAUCAUAAGCCCUACAAACACACACUAUCUAAGCCCUACAAAAACACAACUACAAAAGCCACAACCACAAAAAAAACCCACAAACAACAAAUCAAAAACCCACAAAACAACAAAAUUAAAGCCUCUACAAACCACAACAAAAUCAUAAAGCCUCUAAAAAAACACACAACCCUAUCAUAAAGCCUCUACAAACACACAACCAUCAUAAAGACCCCUUUCAACACCAACUAUAUAAAGCUCUUUACAAACAACACAACAUAUCAUAAGCUUACAAACACACAACUUCUAACCUCUACAAACCACCCCAUACAUAAAAUUACCCCAACCUAUCAAGCCUCUACAACCAAAAUCAUAAAGCCUUACAAACCCACAUAUCAUAAAGCCUCUUACAAACCACAACAUUCAUAAGGGCCCCUACAAACCACACAACUAUCAUAAGCCUCUACAAACACACAACAUAUCAUAAAGCCUCUACAAACACACAACAUAUCAUAAAGCCUCUACAAACACACAACAUAUCAUAAAGCCUCUACAAACACACAACAUAUCAUAAAGCCUCUACAAACACACAACAUAUCAUAAAGCCUCUACAAACACACAACAUAUCAUAAAGCCUCUACAAACACACAAACAUUCAUAAAAACCUCUACAAAACACCAACAUAUCAUAAGCCUUACAAACACACAAAUAUCAUAAAGCCUCUACAAACAAAACAACAUAUCAUAAAGCCUCUCAAAAACAACCAACUAUCAUAAAGCCCUACAAACAACAACAUAUCCUAAAGCCCUACAAAACACCCCAACAUAUCAUUAAAGCCUUACAAACACACACCCUAUCAUAAAGUCCCCCAAAACCUCUAGCCUUACUGUCAUUAUUUCAGAAACCUAAAUAACCUCUAGCCUACCUGUCAUUAUUCAGAAACCCCCAAAUACCUCUAGCCUUACCUGUCAUUAUUUCAGAAACCUAAAUAACCUCUAGCCUUACCUGUCAUUAUGUCAGAAACCCAAAUAACCUCUAGCCUUACCUGUCAUUAUUUCAGAAACCUAAAUAACCUCUAGCCUUACCUUAUUAUUUAGAACCUAAAAACCUCUAGCCUUUCCUGUCAUUAUUCAGAACCCAAAUAACCUCUAGCCUUACCUGUCAUUAUUUCAGAAACCUAAAUAACCUCUAGCCUUACCUGUCAUUAUUUCAGAAACCAAUAACCUUGUCUACCUGUCAUUAUUUCAGAAACCUAAAUAACCUCUAGCCUUACCUGUCAUUUUUUCAGAGAAACUAAAUAACCUCUAGCCUUACCUGUCAUUAUUUCAGAAACCUAAAUAACCUCUAGCCUUACCUGUCAUUAUUUCAGAAACCUAAAUAACCUCUAGCCUUACCUGUCAUUAUUUCAGAAACCUAAAUAACCCCUAGCCUUACCUGUCAUUAUUUCGAAACCUAAAUAACCUCUAGUCUUACCCGUCAUUAUUUCAGUAACCUAAAAAACCUCUAGCCUACCUGUCAUUAUGUCAGAAACCUAAAUAACCUCUAGCCUUACCUGUCAUUAUUUCAGAAACCUAAAUAACCUCUUACCUGUCAUUAUUUCAGAAACCUAAAUAACCUCUAGCCUUACCUGUCAUUAUUUCAGAAACCUAAAUAACCUCUAGCCUUACCUGUCAUUAUUUCAGAAACCUAAAUAACCUCUAGCCUUACCUGUCAUUAUGUCAGAAACCUAAAUAACCUCUAGCCUUACCUGUCAUUAUUUCAGUAACCUAAAUAACCUCUAGCCUUACCUGUCAUUAUGUCAGAAACCUAAAUAACCUCUAGCCUUACCUGUCAUUAAUUCAGAAACCUAAUUAACCUCUAGUCUUACCUGUCAUUAUUUCAGAAACCUAAAUAACCUCUAGCCUUACCUGUCAUUAUGUCAGAAACCUAGAUAGUCAUGAUGGAAGAGCUUGCCUAACGAGGUGUGUGUGUUGCAGAUAGUUCUAAGGAACAUGAAAUCUCUGGAGCUGAGAGUGGGCGGGUCGGUCGAGCCUCCCCUGGUGGACAUCAACGUGGUGAGUUCAUAUGUCGAGCCCCCCUGGUGGACAUCAACGUGGUGAGUUCAUAUGUCGAGCCCCCCCUGGUGGACAUCAACGUGGUGAGUUCAUAUGUCGAGCCCCCCGGUGGACAUCAACGUGGUGAGUUCAUAUGUCGAGCCCCCCUGGUGGACAUCAACGUGCUGAGUUCAUAUGUCGAGCCCCCCUGGUGGACAUCAACGUGCUUGAGUUCAUAUGUCAGCCCCCCCUGGUGGACAUCAACUGGUGAGUUCAUAUGUCGAGCCCCCCCUGGUGGACAUCAACAUGGUGAGUUCAUAUGUCGACCCCCCCUGGUGGACAUCAACGUGGUGGGUUCAUAUGUCGAGCCCCCCCUGGUGGACAUCAACGUAGUGAGUUCAUAUGUCGAGCCCCCCCUGGUAGACAUCAACAUGGUGAGUUCAUAUGUCGAGCCCCCCCUGGUGGACAUCAACGUGGUGGGUUCAUAUGUCAAGCCCCCCCUGGUAGACAUCAACGUGCUGAGUUCAUAUGUCAAGCCCCCCCUGGUAGACAUCAACGUAGUGAGUUCAUAUGUCAAGCCCCCCCUGGUAGACAUCAACUUAGUGAGUUCAUAUGUCGAGCCCCCCCUGGUAGACAUCAACGUAGUGAGUUCAUAUGUCAAGCCCCCCCUGGUGGACAUCAAC